AUGGGGGUUUUAGUUAUGAAACUGAUUUUAAUAUACUCAUUUUUCAAUGGAGUAUUGGUUAGCUCCAUGCAAAUGGGAGGGAACGAGACAGAUAGGACGGCACUGCUAACCAUCAAAGCUCAAAUAAAGCAAGAUCCUCAUAAUGUAACGAGCUCCUGGAAUGAAUCCAUUCACUUUUGCUUCUGGCACGGUGUCACCUGCAGUCGACGACACCAACAAAGGGUCACAAGGCUAGACCUCCAAUCUCAAAAGCUGGUAGGGUCCCUGUCUCCAAACAUAGGAAAUCUAAGUUUCCUAAGGGAACUAGAACUACAGAACAACAGCUUCAGCAAUAAAAUCCCUCCAGAAAUUGGGCAUUUGCGUAGAUUGCAGGUACUGUAUCUAAACCGUAACUCAUUUAGUGGCCCUAUUCCGUACAAUAUAUCAUAUUGCUCCAACCUCAUCUUCAUGUAUUUCGGUUUCAACGGGUUGGUGGGUAAAAUUCCAUCUGAAUUUGGCUCUUUGUCGAAGCUUCGAAGCUUUGUUGUAGAAGCUAAUAAUUUAACAGGAGAGAUCCCUCCUUCCUUGGGAAACCUUUCGUCUCUCGAGGCAAUUGGUGCAACUCAAAAUAGCUUGGUGGGAAGCAUCCCUACUUCUCUGGGCCAAUUGAAAAACUUAACAAUUUUGUCAUUGGGCUCAAACAACUUAUCUGGUACCAUUCCUCCCUCCAUCUAUAACCUCUCUGCUCUUUAUUCUUUUGGCGUAGCACUGAACCAAAUUCAUGGGAGUCUUCCAUCAGACAUGGGAAACUCUCUUCCUAAUCUCCAAUUCUUUAGCAUUGUUAAUCAUCUUGGAAUCGGUACAGAUGGUGACUUGAGUUUUCUCUCGGGAUUGACCAAUGCCACAGAGUUAAAAAUUUUGAUUAUGGGUGUAAACAAUUUUGGAGGGACGUUGCCCACAUCAAUAUCUAAUCUCUCAACCAAGCUUGACAUGUUUUGGUUUAACAGCAACCAACUACAUGGAAGCAUCCCAACUGACAUAGCGAAUUUGGUCAACUUGGAAUCGUUGGGAAUGAAGGGAAAUAGCUUCACGGGUAGCAUCCCCAGUGAAUUUGGUCAGCUUUCAAGCCUUGCGGAAUUAGAUAUUUCUGUGAAUCUAUUAUCAGGAAGCAUUCCGGCGUCUUUAGGAAAUUUAACCAAGAUGUACAGACUCUUCUUAGCCGGGAAUAAUCUAGAGGGUGUCAUCCCUUCAAGCCUGGGAAAAUUGCAGCAGCUGAUAUCAUUGGAUUUGUCUAAUAAUAAACUUAGUGGCGCAAUACCUCAACAAGUUAUUGGCCUCUCAUCCUUAUCAAAGCUUUUAAACUUGUCUACGAACCACUUUGCGGGUUCUCUUCCGAUGGAGGUUGGAAAGUUGAAGACUCUAGGUAUAUUAGACGUUUCUAAUAACAUGUUAUCUGGAGAAAUUCCUAUUACCCUUGGUAAAUGUGAGAGUUUAUCAGUCUUACAUUUGCAAGGCAACUUCUUCCGGGGAAUUAUUCCCUCUUCUUUGAUUGGGUUGAAAGCCAUAGAAGAAGUAGAUGUUUCUCGCAACAAUUUUUCGGGUGAAAUUCCAAUGUUUUUCGAGGGCUUUGUCUUCUUAAAGAAUCUAAACCUAUCAUUCAAUGAGUUUUGGGGAGCAGUACCAACUGGAGGUGCUUUCAAAAAUGCGAGUGCGAUUUCAAUAGCUGGCAACGCCAGGCUCUGUGGCGGUAUUACUAAUCUCCAACUGCCCAAGUGCAAGACCAGAAAAGGAGGAUUAUCCCCCAGCUUGAAAUUAAUCAUCCCUUUAGUACUUUCUGGACUUGCCGUUCUAGGAAUAAUAGCUGUGGUGAUGUCCUAUUUCUUUCUUCGUCCGUCAAUAUGGAAGAGGAAAGAAAUUCUGUUGAGCACAUUGGCGAAAAACUUUUUACAAGUGUCAUAUGCUACCCUUGUAAAAGCUACUGAUGAGUUCUCUUCAGCUAAUUUGAUUGGUGCAGGCAGUUUUGGGUCUGUGUACAAAGGAAUUCUUGAUGGUGAUGAUCAUAAAGCCCAGCUUGUUGCUGUCAAGGUGUUCAACUUGUUACGACAUGGAGCAUGGAAGAGUUUCAUAGUCGAAUGUGAGGCUUUAAGAAACAUCAAGCAUCGAAAUCUUGUCAAGAUUAUUACUGCAUGUUCAAGUGUUGAUUUUCAUGGUAAUGAUUUCAAAGCUCUGGUUUACGAGUAUAUGGAGAAUGGAAGCUUAGAGGAGUGGCUGCAUCCACCUACUGAAGUUAAAGAGGUAAGGGAGGCACUCAAUCUAGAGCAAAGGCUAGACAUUGCCAUUGAUGUUGCUUGUGCAUUGGAUUAUCUUCAUAAUCAUUGUGAAACACCGAUAGUUCAUUGUGAUCUCAAGCCGAGCAAUGUUCUUCUGGACAACGAGAUGACUGGACAUGUUUCUGACUUUGGACUAGCAAGAUUUCUUUCCCAACAAACUGGUACUAAUGUUUCAGAAAAUCCAACAAGUUCCAUUGGAAUAAAAGGAACGGUUGGUUAUGCUGCUCCAGAGUACGGUAUGGGAAGCGAGGUGUCAACAAAUGGAGAUGUCUACAGCUUUGGUAUUCUUCUGUUAGAGAUGUUCGCAGGAAAGCGACCCACCGACGACAUGUUUAAUGGGGACCUAAACCUUCAUACUUAUGUUAAAAUGGCUUUCCCUAAUCGAGUUAUGGAGAUUGUAGAUUCAACACUUUUUGAAGGAGGCACCAACGAGAGAAGGGUUCAAAAGAUUGAGGUGUGCUUGAAUUCAAUAUUUAGAAUUGGAAUUGAAUGCUCUGCUGAAUCUCCAACGGACCGUCUAAAGAAUAUCAGUGAUGCUGCAUCUGAGCUGCAUUCCAUUAGAGACGUUCUUCUUGGAUAG